AUGCCGUCCCGUAUAAAGGCAGCCAUGAGCGGGGUGAGGUGCACGAGCGCCUGUGCACCUGAACUGACCAUGCCUGUGAAGGAGCUGCUGCUGCUGGUGGCGCUGGUGACUCUCAUUGCUGCUGGUGGGGCAGAGCUGAACAAAGAAAAUGGUCAGAGAAAGCCGGUGUGCGGAGACAUGGUUGAGCUACAGGCCUGCCCCCUCCUGUACUUGCCUGUCUGUGGGACUGAUGGGAACACCUAUGCCAACGAAUGCCAGCUCUGUGUGCAGCAAAUGAAAACCAGGCAAGACAUCCGAAUUUUGAAAGAUGGGGAGUGUCAAGAUAUCUGA